AGCAGGGGCCGCUGUGAGGAGCUCCGCGCGCUCGCGCCGCCGCCGCCCUCGCUGCCUGCGCGCCUGGUGCUUCUCGAGCUCCGCGCCCCUCGCGAGGAAUCGUUAAAAGGGCUGGUACAUCGUGUGGAAAAUGGCCUUCAGCGAUCUUACAUCAAGGACGGUGCGUCUUUAUGAUAACUGGAUCAAAGAUGCAGAUCCAAGAGUUGAAAAUUGGCUCCUCAUGUCCUCACCUUUGCCACAAACCAUCAUCCUGGCACUGUAUGUCUAUUUCGUCACAUCUCUGGGACCAAAGCUCAUGGAGAAUCGAAAGCCCUUUGAACUCAAGAAAACGAUGAUAACGUACAAUUUUUUAAUAGUACUCUUUUCUGUGUAUAUGUGUUAUGAGUUUGUGAUGUCUGGCUGGGGUACAGGUUAUUCAUUUCGAUGUGAACUUGUUGACUAUUCACGGUCACCCACAGCUAUGAGGAUGGUACGCACCUGCUGGCUUUAUUACUUCUCCAAGUUUAUUGAGCUGUUAGAUACUAUCUUUUUUGUUCUGCGUAAGAAAAAUAGCCAAGUGACUUUCCUUCAUGUCUUCCAUCAUACCAUCAUGCCAUGGACCUGGUGGUUUGGCGUAAAAUUUGCUCCAGGUGGUUUGGGAACAUUCCAUGCCCUUGUAAACACAGCUGUGCAUGUAGUCAUGUAUUCUUACUAUGGACUCAGUGCAUUGGGACCAGCCUACCAGAAGUAUCUGUGGUGGAAAAAACACUUGACAUCAUUACAGCUUGUCCAGUUUGUUAUUGUCACCAUCCACAUAGGUCAGUUCUUCUUCAUGGAGGAUUGCAACUACCAGUAUCCAAUCUUUCUGUACAUCAUUAUGUCCUACGGGUGCAUCUUCCUGCUGCUCUUUCUCCACUUUUGGUACCGUGCUUACACCAAGGGCCAGAGGCUGCCCAAAAAUCUGAAAAAUGAAAGCUGCAAGAACAAACAGCACUGAAGGGACGAGCAUGACACUAGACUGUGGUUGAGCCCGAGACCUUGUCUUCCGUGACAAUCAAGAGAGAUUUACCUAUGCAGUACAUUUUGUAUAUUUUUCAAAACCAAGAGCCUGUAUUUUUAUGAUAAGUUAUUGAAACUUCUCCUAUCUGAGAGCUCAAAAGCUCCCGAAUGGUCUUCUGAUCAUUGGAGCCUAAAACAGCCAAGAGUUUCCCAGCUACCUUGAAAGCUAAUCAUAAAGGUUUGGUCAAAUACCAUUUGUCAAAAUGAAAGGAGGAUGUGAUGUGCCACAGCAUUCUUCGAAGAAGUCCGGUAGAGAUGAAAAAUAUCGUGAGAUAUUUUGAACCCCGGGCAGAGACCCAUGCACUACAACAGAUUCCUUCUACCAGAUCUAGAAACCUCCAACCGUGGGCUCUUGUUUUGUCCCCACUGACAUGUUUAACUCUGGAAUCCAGUGCCCGGUCUAAAGAGCUAACCCAGGGAAGCACUAAGUGAAUUUCUGAUAGACUGUCACUUAAAAUCAUUGAUGAUUAGGUGUAAUGGAUCUUUUGAGACUGUGCCACCAGUUUUGCUGCUAAGACUUCCUCACAGCACCUGUUACUCUACCAACUCUUUCAAAGUAACAGUGUUUUUGGUUGGUACACUGAUGUUCUUGACUCUAAAGUGGAACUCCUAUUGUUUGGGAAACGAGGUGAUUUGUUUUGAUGGGUUAAUGAAUAGUUUGCUAUUGCUAUUUUACAAUUAACUUUGAAUAUCUCUGUAAUAUCUCUGUAAUAUCUCUGUAAUAUCUCUGUAAAGAGGUGUAUUUGUCAAUAAAAAAAUAAUUCAAGGGUUAAAAAUCUGUUGUUUGUUGCAAUACCACUUUCUCUUGUUGUCAUGGUUUAAAGGAUUGUCUUGGCUAAAUAUAUAUAUAUAUAUACAUACAUAUAUGUAUAAGUUAGAUAUGUCAGUCUUCAUAUCAUUAGCAUGCACGUACCCAUAAAUCACUUAGGCCAUCCAUCAUACACAGUUUCCAGAUGGGGUUAGCAUGGCUUGUGAAGCAGUUGUUGGCCAACAGUGGUAGACAGUACUGAAGAGAAGACUUGGUGCUAUAAAUGAGGGCUGCUCUCCUGAGAGAGAGAGAGAGAGAGAGAAAGAAUACAGAAUAUGGCAGAAUAUGGGUUAUAUAUGCUUAGUACUGUAGGUGAACAUGUGGAAAGUAUUUUCCAGCAUUUUGAAUUAAGAGCCCAAGUUUCUUUGAUUCAAACUUAUGAAUCAAAUACUAAAGGGCUGAGAAUCUUUCAACAUAGGUUUGGAUUCUUUAAAAUUUGCGAGUCCUCUCAUUCUUGAGUUUUCUUAUUGUAGAACCAAAAUCACUAGUCGACUAGAGUUUUGUUCAACAAAUGAAACAUUUGGAUGAGUGUGACUUUUUGGUUACUGGUCUUCUCUUUCUUGUUCUAUGUAUAGUCCAUCUUCAGUGGUUGCGAGACUGAGACCACCGGUCCUCACAGCCCCAGGCGUGUGUAGCGCUCAGUGCUGCAUCCACAGCCAAGCCCAAGCCGGCCCUGACUGGGAACCCAAAGUCCUUUUCUGCCUCCUAACUCAUUGCUAUACACCAUGGCCUUUAAACCUCACACUUGCCAGAUUCAGGUGUUUUUAAUUUUUUUUUUUUUUUUGCCAUAAAGUGACCUUUAGUGAUUGUUCUUGCAACAUGAGAAGAUAUGAGUUGAUAAAUAGGAAAAAUUUAGUAUUAUAGAAUUAGUGUAUUUUUAAAAAUAAAGAAAAAGAGAUCAGUGCUAAAUGGGACAGCUGCUCUAAUUAAUUUCACUGUGAAGGUCUCAGGUUUUCUUAUUCAGAGUUUUUCAUACCCAAGCUGUGCUAAAUCAAGGAAAUGUGCCAAGUACUGUUAAAUAUCUCUAUUUUCCAAAGAUCCAAACAGGUUAAAAACCAAACAGAACCAAAAAGAGAGGAAAAGCAAAAAGAGCAUUUAAUUGAUUUUCUUAUAUGCUCGUCACCCCUCCUGACCUCAUGAUGUCUUCAAAAGGUCUGACUUGCCUGUGGACCAAUAACAAUCCACUUUCUCAAUUCUGUGGAUCAAAGUGGAAAGACAUAGAUCCUAUGAGAAGACAUCACAGUUGGUGGACGUACCGUGUAAACAUCAGAAGAUCGACACGAACGUCACUCAAUGUCAAAUUUGUAUGGGAAAUGUUUGAUUCAGAGGGUUCGAUGUACUCAUGUGCAUUUCCUUUGGGAUUUGCCCCACUUCUCCGAGCUGUAUUGCCCUUGGGUUUGCUUAUCUAACAAGCCUGACUUUCAGUUAUAAGAUCUAGUCUCUUACAGACACCUCCACAGAUCCUUGAGAACCAAUACCUAUAUUGUAAAUAAAUACAAAUUUUUAAUUAUCUGUGGAGCAAUGCGACUGUACAGUCUUAAUUCCUAAGUGAGAUUAUUGAGUAAAUUAUGUUAUAUAAAUUACAGAAUUGUGAAGUUCUAUGCCUUCAGUGAUCCUCCCUUUUGUUCAUGUUUUAAAGACUAUGGGAAACUGUGUAUGUUGUCAAAGUUGGAGUUUGUUUUUCUCUGUGUAUCAUAAUAAAAUUGUGGUUAUUACA